CUUUUAGUGGUUUGGGUUAUUUGUUCUUGAUUUAUGGUGAACAGUAAAAGUUUAUUUUUGGUAGUUUCAUAGCCUUUAUUUGGCCUUAAUUAAUAGUUUUUAUUUGUUAACAGACUUGUCAAACCAGACAUCUGUCUCUUUUAAGCUUCAUAUGCAGUGCUUUGAGGAAUUCAAAUCAAGGAAGGAAAUGUAAAUCAAUUUGAACUUUUUGGGUGGGUCAUUUGUAGGCACCAAAUGUAUAUGAUCCACUGCAUACAAGUUUGCAGAUGCCCUUGCCUGAACUGGUCUGAGACAAUCAUUAGACCGCAGACUGUAUUGUGGCUGAAAACAAGGUAUUUACCUCAGAAGGUGAAAUUUCUUGGGUUAAGUCAUUUUCACUGUGUCAAAGUACUUUAAAUGCUUCAGUGGCUGAAGUUGGGAGAGAGGCAUAUUUAGCUAGAUUUCAUGAUGACAGUGUACUUCCUUCGCCCCAGGGAUAAUCAGUUUUUCAUGGGGGAAUUAUGUACACUGUUCAGUGUAUUAAAAACACAACAAGAGAGCCACUUGACCAUCAAGUAAAUGACCAGAGAUAACUUUUCAAACCCUGAUCUUGUCUUUCUUGGCCUAGACCUAUUUUUGUGAUGUUUCUUUCUCUCCUCAUGCACACAUACUAACCUGUGGCUCUUCCAAUAUUCUAUUUUUUUCCCUCCCUUUGCCUUUCUUCCCAGUCUGAGAGGUCUUUCUUCCACUUCCCCCAAGUUCCUGUUUGUUCUUAUUUCUUGGAUUGUCUCAGUCUGCGACAGCAUGCUAUGCUGAUUCCAGUGUGCCAGCAGAUAAGUGACACUCAUUAAACUCUCAGGGUGAAAUCCUUGCCUCAUUUGAAGUCAGUGGCAAAACUCCCAUUGACUUCAGCAAGGCCAGGAUUUCACCCUCUCUCUGUCUCUGAAGUGCUGUGUGCCAGUUCUUCAGAGAUAAUAAUUUUGUAAACUUCUUUUGGCUCCAGGCCCAUUGAUUGCAUCAGAAAUUAGCAGAGCAGCAAGGAUAGUGACACAAGGCAGAGAGUCUUAGAAAGGAUUUUCUUGAUGGUCAAGUAUUCCAUUAACAACUUCUUGUGUAGUACCCAAAAUAACUAGCCACAAGCUAUCAGACUGAAAAAUUUUCAUAUCUUGUUUUUUACUCAAAUCACUAGAAGUCCAAAACCUUAUGGCUGGCUCUGCUAGUUUACUGGGAGAGUGAGUUUGUUUUGUGGAUUCUGUUUCAUUUCUUGAUUGCAACCUCACAGGACUGAUAGUUUAGAUUUUUUAAAAAGCGUUUUAUUUUAUUACAUUACCUAUAUUCAUCCUUUUCUUCUUUUCUUGAGAAACUUACAAAUUAAUACUUAAUUGUAGUGGGAUUUAUUCUUACAAAAAUGCAGACUUGCACCUGAAAUUCAAAAAAUGUCAUCACUGGGUGUAAACAGUUUUGAAAAAUAAAAAUAAGUAACACUUGGAUGUUCCCCAAUGAGAAAUCCAGGGCAUAACAGAGAGAAUGAGAGAGUGGGGAAAAUUCGGGCAUAUCAUGUGGCCAGGCUUUUUAUAUUGUAUUUCACUGUAGAGAUUUUUUUCCCCUAAUGAUCAGACUAAUGAUCGGUUCCCUAAAACGUGUAAAAAAAUCAUAGAUGACUUAUUGUAAUUUGAAGUGUUUUAAUGGCAUAUGAAAGAAGCCACUAUCCCCAGGGAAGGCAGCCUUUAUGAUUUGUGUAACCACAGUGGAUGCACAUACCUUACAGAUUUGUGCUUUAUCCACAGCCAAACACAAUUAUUGUCAGAUACUAACACAAAACAGCCAAUAUGGAAGUUGGAUUAGGGAUUCAGCACAAGAGUAGCAAGUGUGAAGUAAAUUUGCAUCAUUAGCAAUGUUUGGAGAAUCUAGGAUCAGUGUCUUGCCUUCCUGAAAAUCUGCCUGAAACUUCAUAACUAUACAGUAUGGAGCUGGAUAUGUGCCUUGCUGACUAUAGCUGCCAUAAACUCCUGAGUUUGCAUAUGAACUUUUCUUGUGGUUUUCCUGACUGGUGCUGGAUGGGCUGAUUCCCUUGUUCUGUUUGGCAAAGGGCUUGGUUUACAAUCUUACAUUUUUGUUUUCAUUGCUUGUUUGCUUUAAAACCUGUUGCACAUCCGUUCCUUUGCAUGUGGCAUUAAUUAGUUAAUGUAUGUAAAGUGCUAUUGAGAUAAAAAGGGUGAAGUAUUAGUUAUUACUGUUACGUAGCAGUUUUGGUUGGGGGCAAAAGGGACAGGGAACGCUGGAAGAUGUCUAGGCAACUGCUGUCUUGCUAUUCUCAUGCCUGCGAUAUCACCCUUCAGUUUCUGCUUCACUGAGAGGCAGUGGCAAACCAGGCAGAAUGGAGCUGCCACAGCAGCAGCGCAGCAUACUCCUCACAAGGGUGUUCAGAACGGACUUGAUCACUGCCAUGAAGCUACCCGACUCCUACCAACUGAACCCUGAUGAGUACUAUGUGCUGGCAGACCCCUGGAGGCAGGAGUGGGAAAAGGGAGUUCAGGUGCCAGUUAGCCCAGGGGCCAUCCCCGAACCAGUAGCCAGGGUUGUGUCUGAGACAAAAGCAGUCACAUUUACAAGACCCAGGAAGUACAUCCUUUCUUCAGGUUCUGAGCCUCCUGAGCUGGGAUACGUUGAUAUUCGAACCUUGGCGGACAGUGUGUGUCGCUAUGACCUCAAUGAUGUGGAUGCAGCAUGGUUAGAACUGGCCAAUGAAGAAUUUAAAGAGAUGGGAAUGCCCGAACUGGAUGAGUACACCAUGGAGAGAGUCAUGGAGGAAUUUGAACAGCGAUGCUAUGACAGUAUGAACCAUGCUAUUGAGACUGAAGAAGGGCUGGGGAUUGAGUAUGAUGAGGACGUUGUCUGCGACGUUUGCCAGUCCCCAGAUGGGGAGGAUGGCAACGAAAUGGUGUUCUGUGACAAAUGUAAUAUCUGUGUACACCAGGCAUGUUAUGGAAUUUUAAAGGUGCCAGAAGGCAGUUGGCUAUGCCGGACCUGUGCGCUUGGUGUUCAGCCAAAGUGUUUAUUGUGUCCCAAGAAAGGUGGAGCUAUGAAGCCAACUCGUAGUGGGACGAAGUGGGUCCAUGUUAGCUGUGCACUCUGGAUUCCAGAGGUGAGUAUUGGCAGCCCAGAAAAGAUGGAGCCCAUAACCAAGGUCUCUCACAUUCCCAGCAGUAGAUGGGCAUUAGUGUGCAGCCUUUGCAAUGAGAAGAUUGGGGCAUCCAUACAGUGCUCGGUGAAAAACUGCCGAACAGCUUUUCAUGUCACAUGCGCAUUUGACCGUGGCUUGGAGAUGAAGACCAUCCUGGCGGAGAACGACGAGGUCAAGUUCAAGUCAUACUGCCCCAAGCACAGCUCCACCAAAAAACUGGAUGACGAAAACCUCUGUGAAAACACCAGCCAGGAGAAUGAGAAUGGGACACAGGACAGCUCUCCUUGUGCCCACAUAGAGCCCUUCCACAGCCUUGAUCAAAACCAGGAGGAGGCCCACAGGGUCAGUGUCCGCAAGCAGAAGCUCCAGCAGCUGGAAGAUGAGUUCUAUACAUUUGUCAAUGUCUUAGAAGUGGCUAAGGCCCUGCGGCUGCCUGAAGAGCUGGUGGAGUUCCUGUACCAGUACUGGAAGCUCAAGAGGAAAGGCAAUUUCAACAAGCCCUUGAUCACCCCAAAGAAAGACGAAGAGGACAAUCUGGCCAAGCGGGAGCAGGAUGUUUUGUUCAGGAGACUGCAGCUCUUCACGCACCUCCGGCAGGAUUUGGAGAGGGUUCGGAAUCUGACUUACAUGGUGACCCGAAGGGAGAAGAUUAAGCGAUCUGUUUGCAAAGUCCAGGAACAGAUAUUCAAUCUCUACACAAAACUUAUGGAUCAAGAACGAGUUUCAGGUGUGCCUUCUUCCUCCUCAGUAGAAAACAUGGUGUUGUUCAACAGUCCACCUUUGGGUCCUGAUGCUCCCAAAAUAGAGGAUUUGAAGUGGCAUUCUGCUUUCUUCAGGAAGCAAAUGGGCACUUCUCUGACACACACAUUGAAAAAAUCACACAAGGGAGACAGAGUAAGGAACAGCUCUGGGAGUGACAGAAAAUCCCUGCUUAAACAACCCAGCCGAAGGGAAGGUGGUGUGACUCCAGGUAGCUUUUUAAAUUUUGAAAAGGCCUUUGCAGAAGCACGCAUUGUAUCAGCACAACAGAGAAAUGGGAUAGUUAUGCCAGACCACAGGAAAAGAAGAGACAAUCGUUCCCCUUACGAGGUAAUCAAGGCAGAACUGAAGGAAAAGCCUUCCAAGCACAGCCACAAGCCACUGACAUCCACAGAAGUCUCUCAGAGGCAAUCAGAAAACAAAAGGUCUGUGAACCAUCCAGGUGGUAGGUCAGCACCUGGCACACGGAGGGAUAUAGUGCCUAAAUGCAAUGGAUCCCUCAUCAAAAUAAACUAUAACCGGCCUGCGGUUAAAGUGCCUACUACACCUACAAGCCCAGUGAAAAACUGGGGCGGAUUCCGAAUUCCAAAGAAGGGGGAGAGACAACACCAGGGAGAGAUCCAGGAGGAGACCUGCCACCAGAACUCUAACUAUCCAUACUUGGGCAUGGGCAGAGUUUUGCCUAAAGACAGGGCAAAAAGCAAACUAAAGACAGACAGGGAGAAUGAUGGGUAUGCUCCUGAUGCUGAAAUGAGUGACUCAGAAUCUGAGGUGGCUGAGAAAAAAUGCAGACAGCAAAGGCUUAGUCCAAACAGCACUAUCAACAGGAGGACAGACAUUAUUAGGAGAAGUAUCCUCGCUUCCUGACUGGACAGUAAGACACAUCUUCAAGCACCAUGGUCAAUAGAGGCACUGCUGCAAACCCACUCUGCUUUAUUUAUCGGUGUGAGGAGGGGAGGAUGGGGUUUUAGACAUGGCUACCGAUUGACAAAGAGAGAACCAGUUACCCCUGAGCUGUAUAAACAUGUUUACGUGCACUUAAGACUAUGAUUUUGCCCCGUCCCUGAGUCCUUAUAAUCUAUUUCUGUGAGAAGUUUGAACCUUUUUUAUUUGCAACUUUCUUGAGGAAAUAAGAUGACAUCACUAUUAAAAUGGAAUCUUUGGUGGAACACUAAAAGAAUUCGUUAAACACGUGGGGGGAAGGGGAGGUUGCAUCUGUCUCCCUUUAGCAAAACAGCACUGAGAAGAAUUUUUCCCUCUCCCCAAAAGCACAAGCUGUUAAAUUAACUAGUGUGUACUAUAUUAAAUAUGGUUAUUUAACCAUCCAGCAUUACUAAGCCCAUUACAAAUACUCACUUUCCUUAGACUGUGGCAAGUCUUCAAGUCAUAUUUGCCUGCAGAAUGUUUUUGUUGUAUGUGAGUUCAGUAUACAUGGCAGCUCUAAAUCUUCCAUAACUCCAGAGAGUUUACAUGUAAAUACAUCCAACAGGUAGUCAGUUUUAAUCACAAUUAUUGGAGAAAAAUGAAGGGGACAGGUUAGAGCUGCAGCUGCCUAGUGAUAUAACAGUAACAACAUGAAAAGACCCAGUCUCAGCACAGAGCCAUACUCCUAAGCUCUUCAGUUCUCGGGAAAGAAGAUAGUUCAUCCAGUUCUGAGAAAGGGACAAAUUUAGGAUCUACUGCAUUCUGUGGAACAAUCCACAAAGCAGCUUUAGCAUUAUCCAAUCACCUGCCCUCCAGGAAUAUGAUGACAAUUCAAGUGGGUAUGACUAACUUGAAGGCACUAGUCAGCAGGAUUUCCCAAUGCCAGCCACUUAUGCACUAAUGGUAUGUACUGGGAUAUCCAAGCAUCUGACACUAAAGCGUUACUUUAAAGAAGGACAAAUAUAUAUAUAUAUACACACACACAUGCAUAUAUAUUUUUAAAUAGAAUAAAAAGGAAAGGCAAUAAGUUGUGAAUAGCUCUUUACAUUCAGACCAAGAUAAAGUGAUUUCAUUCUGUUCUGGACUAGAAUUGAUGAGAGAGGGAGCUCACAGUGUGAUUACAUAACUUUUAAAAAUAACUGCGAAUGGCAAUAACUAGUGAGUAAGCUAUCAGCAAUAACAUUAACAGUACAUAGAGAGACUAUUUUGUUUGUGCACUGAAUAGAGUGCAUAUGUAUCAUAACAAUGGAUGUUAUAAGAGCCUGAAAUUUUUUGAAUUCUGCAUCAGUGUAAGGCAGGCACAAAACAGUUGAAAGAAAGUUUAAGCAGCAAUGCGUUUAGAAAUAUGGGCAGAUGGAAGAAUCCCUUUUUCUUUCCCCCAACCUACUGCUAUCAGUAUUCAGUUAUAUAAUACAUUUUAACAUUUAACCCCUUCUCAUUGGGGCAGGGAAAGAAUAAAGAAACAUUAGAACUUUGCUGUUAACUUUAAGUCUUCCAGCGGAUUCAGUUGACAAAAUAGGCUUAUUGACAUUCCAUCUUGCUAUGCAAGUUAUCAGAUAAUUAAAAACUUCAAACAAAUGCUUCCCUAUCAUUAGUUCUACUUUUUAAACUAAAGUGAGACAACCUUUUGACACUUAAUGGAAUAAUCUUGGGAAGGGGAAAUGUUUGUAUUGAAACGAUACUUUGUUAAACCUUGCUGCUCCUGAGAAACCAGAUUCAUCUCAUGACUUUGCUGGUCAGAUUAACUGGUUGUUGCACAUAACAAAGAAGGAAUGGUGGAUCUGAGUCAUACAGAGAUUCACUCUUGCCAUGACUUAAAAUAUUGAAGUUCUUGUUUGAUUAAAAAGAAGAAAAUUUUUAUUGGCUAUGGGAAAAGAGGGAAGUACAGUUGAUUUCACUUUCAACUUCAGCAACAUUUCUAGAUGAGGGCUAAGUUUAUUACUGUAAGGAGGUUGUGAUAUAGGGAAUUGUUUGUCAAGCCAUAGAAGGAAAAAAAAAUUAAAUUUGAUUCUAAGCAAACAUUUAACCUCACAUCAGUUUGAAAGAGGUACCUGAUUCAUUUGCACUAUUAUGAAUGCUAGCAUUGUGCAGAAAUAAUGCCUUAUCUGUUUUACUCCCCACACAUUUAGGUUAAUAAGCUUUCUAAUGUUCCACGUUAUGCUGAACCAAAUAAAACGCUUUUCCCAAACUCCUAAUUACAAAAAAGCUACAAGGCAAGCUAAUUGCAGUAUGACCAGCUGUAAAAGUUAGUUUCAUGCCAGGCUUAGCGCUCAGCAACAGAGGAGUCAUACGUAUAGCAGUAACAACCUAAACCCACCCCUUGUGUUUUAUUGGUAUGGAAUCAUUCAUUCUUUUUUUUUUUUUUAAGCUUUACCUUUCCUUGUGCAGAUUGACCAAGCAAUCUUUUUGAUUAUGAUUGGUGUAUUAUGUCAAAAUGUAGGCUAGUUAAACUUUUGUAAAGUUGCCUGGAAUGCCAUUUGUUAGGGUAUAAACACACACAAAUCUAAAUGAAGGGUUUAUUUGUGUCAUGUGUGCAAGUCUUAAUUAUUUUAAAAAUUUGAAAAAAAAAUGUCAUUACAUUUGUAAAAUCUUGUACAGAAGAUUUUUCACUAUGUGCCUAGCUUUGGUGUUCAUUCAGCUAAAAUUAAAAAAAAAAAGGUGCAUGAAGAGAAACCGAUAGAAUCAGAGAUAAAAAGUAUAUGUAGAGAUGACUAUUUUAUAUUACUUGGCCCAAUCCUGUAUUUAUUUCCCCCCUUUUCUGACGUAUUUAUAAAGAUCUAGUUGAAGACAGCUGUAUUUUUUUGUUAAAAUAUUUAGUAGAAUUGUGCCUUUUUGUCUGUAUGUGAAUAAAUGCUGUACAUUUUGCAAUAGAC